AUGGCAGGCGACGAGGAUACGGAACAUAGGGAUAUUUUCGGAGGUGACUCGGAUGACGAGGUCGAGCAGGAUGUCACCAAUACGGCUACGACGGAACAAGUAACAGAAACAACCGAGUCAGAGGCGGCAGACAAGACAGUCGCAGACGACGAUGACGCACUCCCUAGUAUCCCCCGCCGAGAAGUCACGGAAGAUAUGCUUGCUUCAGAGCCCAUUCCACCAAAGAAAAAAGCCAGGCGGGAUGAUGAGGAUGCUGAUGAUGGAAAAGCCCAGCCAGAGCCGGUAGAUGGUGCAGACGACGAGGAAGAAGCGCCUCUCACGGGUAAAGCACUCAUUCGUGCACAGGUGAACGCGCGGAUUGAUGCGGCACUCAAGUCUGGAAAGCGCCGCACAACUCGUCGUCGUGCCGCAGGUGAAGAUGACUUGGAACUGAUGGCUGACGAAGAAGUAUCGGCAUUGCGAACAGAGAUGAUAUUAGCAGCCGAUGAGGAUGAAGAGGCCAACCGUGCCAAACAGCCAGCCACCUCGAAGCUUCGCCUCUUGCCGCGUGUAGUGAGCACAUUGCAAAAAUCUCAUUUGCAGCAGGCGAUUCUGGAUAACAACCUGUUAGAAGGCGUAAAGCGAUGGCUCGAACCGCUACCUGACCGCAGCUUGCCGGCGCUGAAUAUCCAAAAGCAAUUAUUCGGUGUUUUGGAAAGUAUGAGUAUUGAUACCAUCAGUUUGAAGAUGAGCGGACUGGGUCGUGUCGUGGUGUUUUACAGCUUGUGCAAGCGCGUGGAGCCAGCGAUCCGUCGUAGUGCAGAGCACUUGGUGGAAGUAUGGACUCGACCGAUCCUGAAACGCUCAGCAUCGUACCGCGACCGGCAUGUGGCACAGGCUGAAUGGAACCAGCAUUCUCCGCACAACCAGUCAAGCCAGCUCACGGAAGCAGCCUUUGCUACGGAUAAGACACGACGUCAUGUGGGAAUUCCUCAGGCUAUCACGACAGGUUUCCAAGUGGCACCACGCAACCGUGUCGCUGGCAGUACGAACGAUCACGAACAUCAAUCGCGCCUAGCCAACCAUCAACGUCUGAACCGCUUCAAGUCGAGGCUCAAGGACGCCAACGUGCGUCGCUAA